AUGUACGACCUUGAUGUCCAUGCCCAAAGAAAAGAGGCUGCUGAGAAAGUGACGGCUGAGAAAGAGGGUGCUGAGGAAGAGGCGGCUAAUGUGGAGGAAGAACCGCAGGAUACAAGGCUAAAGGAAGUGGAGCCAUUUGUGAAUGAUGGUCUGGAGACACCAACUGAUGGUGGUAGUGAUGCUCUGGAGACACCAACUGCUGCGGGUGGUGAUGCUCUGGAGACAUCAACUGCUGCGGGUGGUGAUGCUCUGGAGACACCAACUGCUGGCCAGUCAGAGCCUGUUCAAGAAGGUUCCAAGGAUAGUGAGGAAAAAGCUGACGAGGACAGUGAGGAAGAAGGUGAAAAAGGUAAGAAAGAUGAAGUAGUUGGUCGAAAGAGGACGAGGAAGCCAUCAGAAGCAAGGAAGUCUCCCUACACCACUAUGACGGAGGAAAAGAAGAGGAAGAAAGCAAAAUCCACGAAAGAAUGA